AUGGCUCCUAAACAACCAUCCGGAUGGCAAAAACGUCAAAAGAGGAAACGACAAGAUGAAUUAGUGAAGUCACAAAAGGGUGCUAUGCAAAAAUUUUUGACGCCUAUUCCGCCUAUUGUUGAUGUGGAAAAACCACAAGAGCAUGUUGAAGUAGAACGGGAACACGAUGAAGUAGAACAAGAGCAAGAUCGUGUGGAAGUAGAAGACGAAGAACAUGUUGAAAAGCAACAAGAACAAGAACAUGUUGAAGAGCAACAACAAGAAGAGCAUGUUGAUUAUAUAUUUGAUCCAAGAAGGUGGGAAGGACUAAAUGCGGAUGAGAUUAAACUAUUGGUCGCGAAAGGUCCUAAAAGAGAUACUAGUAUUGAAUUUGGUCCAUAUGAUAAAUUUAAUAGACGAUUUUCAUCCACUAUUUAUACAAGAACAUUAUCAAACUUGGAGAAAUUGGGAGGUGUAGGUUUUGAUGAUUGGCACCAUGCUACCGGUAGAGUGAGAGAACAUGAAGUUUCUUUAGAUCAUCUCAUAAAUAUGAAAAAGUGGUUUGAUUUGCGUAAAAGAUUGAAAUCGGACAACACAAUUGAUAAAUUUCAAUAUGAGCAAUUCAAGAAGGAAGCAGAUUAUUGGAAACAAGUCCUUUUUAGAAUCAUUGCGCUAAUCAAAUUUCUUGCUAAGCAUAAUUUAGCAUUUCGUGGAAAUAAAGAAAAGUUGUAUGAAAAAGGUAAUGGAAAUUUCUUGGGUCUAGUUGAGAUGUUGGAAGAGUUUGAUCCGGUUAUCAAAGAGCAUGUUCGGCGGAUCACUAGUGACGAUAUUCAUGUGCAUUAUCUUGGACACAAGAUCCAAAAUGAGAUAAUACUUAUGCUUGCUGAUGAAAUUAAAAAAGAACUUAUUAAGAACAUAAAAGAAGCAAAGUACUACUCAAUCAUACUGGAUUGUACCCCCGAUUCUAGUCACAAAGAACAGAUGACUAUAAUAGUGAGGUAUGUAAAGUUCUCAUCUAAUUCUGUUAUUGUUGAGGAGUCAUUUUUGGGGUUUUUAAAUGCUAAUGAUACCACUGGGAAGGGACUAUUUGAUGUAACUUAUGCGGAGUUACAAAAUCUUGGUCUUGAAAUUGAUGACAUGCGUGGCCAAGGAUAUGACAAUGGGGCAAAUAUGAAAGGCUCACAUCAAGGAGUCCAAACGAGAUUUUUAAAAGAAAAUCCAAGAGCAUUUUACACUCCUUGUGGUAGCCAUUCACUUAACCUUACAUUAUGUGAUAUGGCUUAUAGUUGUGUUAAAGGAAAGAGUUUUUUUGGACACAUCCAACGGAUUUAUACUAUUUUUGCAAAUUCUAUCAAUCGUUGGCAAAUUUUAAAAGAUAAUGUGAAAAACUGGAGUCUAAAGUCAUUGUCUCAAACUCGUUGGGAAAGUCGUUUUGAGAGUGUUAAGGCAAUCAAAUUGCAACUUGAUGAUGUGCGGGAAGCUUUGCUUGAAGUUGGAGAGACAGAUAGUGAUGCUGCAAUUGCAGAGGAAGCAUUAGCUUUAGCAGAAAAUCAACUUAGUGGAUUUGAUUUUUUGGUAUCAAUUGUUAUUUGGUAUGAAGUGUUAAACCGGGUGAAUAUUGUGAGCAAAAAAUUACAAGAUUAUAGAGAAACCGGUUUUCUUAAAGCGAUUGAAGAAGCUACGGAGAUUGCUAGUGAUAUGGAAAUUGAUCCCAUAUUUAAAGAAAAACGUAAGAUUAAAAGGAAAAAAAGAAAAGAUGAGACUUCUAGUAGCGAAGAAGUUGCAUUUACAGUAGAAGAAAAUUUCAGAGUAAACUUUUUCUUAUAUAUUGUAGAUCAAGCUAUUGCUUCUUUAGAGAAAAGAUUUGAACAAUUUAAAUGGUACGAGGGUUUAUUUGGUUUUUUGUUUCCACGUACGUUGAGGAUUAUUAAAGAUGAAGAUCUUAAGUCGUCUUGUCAUCGUCUUGAAAAUGCACUCAGGUUUAAAGAAAAAUCGGAUAUUGAUGGCGAGGCACUUUAUACAGAGCUUAAUUUAUUUCGUGACUCACUAACCAAUAAAUUUAGCAGUCCUGUAGAUGUUUUGGAGUAUAUGAAAGAAGACGGUUAUUCCCCAGAAGCAUGCAUUGCAUAUAGAAUAUUGUUGACUAUUCCAGUCACUGUGGCAUCUGCAGAAAGAAGUUUUUCGAAGUUGAAGUUAUUGAAAUCUUACCUACGAUCUUCAAUGUCCCAAGAAAGACUUAGUGGGUUGGCGAUGAUUGCUAUCGAGAACGAAGUCUUAGAUGAUAUAAACUGUGAAGAGUUGAUUCACCAAUUUGCUAUCAAGAAUGCAAGAGGGCUUCACGAAUCAUUGGUUAGCUAUUAG